GGAAAAGCACGAAACUAAAAAAAGUACUCUCUCUCUCUCUCUCUCUCGUUUUAUCCGUAUCUCGCCCAGUUUGGCGUAUAGGUUUUCAGUUUUCACUCCCUCUCUCUGCAAAUCGGACACAUCAAAGCAAAAGAAACUCUAACAAGUGUCCUCUGCAAAUUUUCCAAACCUUAGGGUUUCGGAACCUUCCAAUCGCUUGCAAAAGCCCACUACGAUUCCCACUCGAAAUUCAAAUUCUAGGGUUUUUCAGAUUCCCAUACAUUACAGUUCAGAUUAAGCCCGUUUGGAUAAGGCACUCGUAAAAUCUUAGCCUCCAAUUGGUCGAUCCGUCUGAAAUGGACUUGCGAGAUUCAUCUUCGUCAUCGUCGUCGACGGCUGCCGCUAAUGCGAAUCGUGACGGGUCCUUGGGCACCGACGACGACGCCGUCUUGUCGGUCGCAACCGCGCUCGCCAAGGACGCCGCCUUGCACUUCCAAUCGAGCAAGUUCGCCGAGUGCGUCGAGGUCCUGAACCAGCUCUUGCUCAAGAAGGAACACGAUCCCAAAGUUCUUCACAAUAUUGCAAUUGCCGAAUACUUUCGAGAAGGUUGUUCAGAUCCAAAGAAGUUGCUUGAAGUACUUAAUAGUGUUAAGAGGAGAAGCGAGGAGCUAGCUAGUGCCUCAGGAGAACAGCUGGAGGCCGUUAGCAAUCUUGGGCAUAAAGUUAUUUUGGGGUCUAAAGGAAAUAGUACAGUGGCACAUCAACUUUCUACUGCAAAUAAUUCCAAUAUUGUUUACACGGAUGAAUUUGACACUUCUGUGGCAAUCCUAAACGUUGCAGUUAUCUGGUUCCAUCUUCACGAAUAUGCAAAGGCAUUAUCUGUUUUGGAACCUUUGUAUCAAAAUAUUGAACCGAUAAAUGAGACAACAGCUCUCCAUAUUUGCCUCUUGUUGCUAGAUGUUGGGCUUGCUUGCAGUGAUGCUUCAAAGUCUGCUGAUGUAUUGGUAUAUGUGGAAAGAGCUUUUGGUGUUAGUUGUGUGAGCCAAGGUGACAGUGGAAGCAUGGCACAGCAACAAUCUUCAAGCCUAGUCACAAAAUCUUCCUCUUUUCCUCCUAGCAGUUCAUCAGCUACAGAUGCUUCUAAUUCAGAUUUAGCUGCUAGUGUGAAUGCCUCAGAAAAUCCCUUAUCGAGAACUUUAUCGGAUGAGACACUUGAAUAUGAAACGAUGUUGUCAACACUAGAUAUUGGUGGACAGCAUUCAGCAAGGCCAUCUGGUCUUUCAUCUUUAAAUGAGCUGUCGAGGACCCCAGUUGAUAGGCCUUUUACCACUGUUGAUUUGAAGUUCAAGUUGCAGCUUUAUAAAGUUCGGUUUCUGCUUCUCACUAGGAACCUCAAACAAGCAAAAAGAGAAGUCAAGCAUGUUAUGAACAUUGCACGUGGGAAAGAUUCAUCUGCUCUCCUCCUGAAGUCUCAUAUUGAAUAUGCACGAGGCAACUACCGUAAAGCCAUCAAGCUGUUGGUGGCAUCAAGUAAUCGGACAGACACGGCAAUUUCAAGCAUUUUCAACAACAAUCUUGGGUGCAUUUAUUAUCAGCUUGGGAAGUACCAUACAUCAUCAAUAUUUUUUUCGAAGGCAUUAACAAAUACUUCAUCUCUUCGGAAGGACAAGCCACUAAAGCUGUCAACUUUCUCACAGGAUAAUUCUUUUCUUAUAAUAUAUAACUGUGGUGUACAGUACUUGGCCUGUGGGAAACCAAUACUUGCCGCUCGCUGUUUCCAGAAGGCCAGUUUGGUUUUCUACAACCGGCCUCUAUUAUGGCUCCGAUUUGCUGAAUGCUGUCUGAUGGCUUUAGAGAAGGGACUAAUAAAAACAAGUCUGGCUCCAUCAGAAAGAUCAGAAGUCAGAGUUCAUGUUGUUGGGCAGGGAAAAUGGAGGCAACUUGUUAUGGAAGAUGGCAUAUCAAGAAACAGGCAUGUAGAUUCUGUUGAAAGGGAUGAUUGUACGCUGAGCAGUGAUGGGCAACCAAAGCUCUCAAUGUCGCUUGCCCGACAGUGUUUACAUAAUGCUCUGCACUUACUGAACUGCUCUGAAUCAAAUCAUUCGAAGUCUGAUUCGCCCUCUAAUUCCUCCAUGGAGGAAAAUGAAUCAAGUGAGGCAGCUUCUUCCAGGAACUCAAACCACAAGCACUUGCACAAUAUUGAUUUGAAAGCAUUUACAGUAACAGCAGGCUUAAGUCAGGUUAGUUCCAAUGGAGAUGCAAGAGAACCAAAGGGGGGAGGAACAACUCAGGAGCUCAUACAGAACUCUCUCUCGUAUUAUGAAGAUAUUCGUAGAAAAGAAAAUCAGUUGAUAAAGCAAGCUAUUCUUGCUAACCUGGCAUAUGUAGAGUUGGAGCUGGAAAAUCCCACGAAGGCCCUUCCAAUCACCAAGUCUCUCUUGGAGCUUCCAGAAUGUUCUAGAAUCUACAUCUUUCUUGGUCAUGUGUAUGCAGCAGAGGCGCUCUGCCUGUUAAACAGGCCAAAGGAAGCUGCUGAGCAUUUGUCCAUUUAUUUGUCUGGGGGAAAGAACGUUGAAUUGCCGUUCAGCCAAGACGACUGUGAGCAAUGGCGAGUGGAGAGGAGCAUCGAUAGUGAAGAGUUAAACGGAGGAUCAGUGACUGCCAAGAAUUCUCCCGCCGAGGACUCGCAAGGUAUUGUGUUCCUCAAGCCGGAAGAGGCGCGUGCAGCACUUUAUGCAAAUUUUGCUGCCGUGUCUGCCAUGGAAGGUGAACUUGAGCAGGCACACCAAUUUGCAAUGCAAGCACUAACCAUAUUACCCAACAGCCCGGAAGCAACUCUGACUUCCAUUUAUGUGGAUCUCAUGCUCGGUAAGUCCAGAGAAGCUCUUGCCAAGUUAAAGCAGUGUAGUCACGUCAGGUUCCUCCCAAGUGGCGUAACAUUCAAUAAAUCUUCAUGAUUAUCGCACUGGUGGUUCUAGAGUCGUUUAUGUCCAGCGCCCCCCUCUCAGCAUUAGUUAGUGGGUAGAUCAGCAAUCCUUUUAAGAGGAUUUGUAACAUAUAUAUAGUUCAAUUCAGGGAAUAAGUUUUUUUCUGUUCUUUUUUCUUUUCUCUUUUUUUCCUUAUAAUUUUUCACAUCUAGGGUUCAUUACUUGGUGGUGGCUGUGUUUUGGUUAGUGCGGAUGCCCACCUUUCAGAUUUGAGAUUUAGUUUGAUUCCGAUCAUUGUGUUUUAGUGGCCAAUCCAGUUGGUAUUCAAGAAUAGAGAGAGAUCAUGUGCUCCUUGAGAAAAAGAACUGAAAUUUUUCAUCCUGAAUUUGAAUUCCAAGCCAUUUCCAUUUCAA